AUGCGGAAAUAUCUGGACCAGGCUGCUGAAGUUCUGAGGUCAUGGAUACAGGAGAGUCAAAAUUCAGAACAGGCAGCUAUCAGAGAUAGCGAGGAUGAAACCUGCCCCACGUGUACAGCAACACCAUAUGAUACGGUUGUAGUGGGCGGCGGGAUAUCGGGCCUGUACAGCGCGUGGAGAAUAAAGCAGCAUUACCCGCAGAGCAGUGUUGCCCUGCUGGAGUCAAGCUCGCGCUUGGGCGGCCGCAUCUUGUCUCUACAACUGCCGGGCUUGCCGGAUGUUGCUGCUGACUUGGGUGCGAUGCACUAUCUGGAGGACUACACAUCCGUCCAAUCCUAUCUCAUCAGGACCGUGUUGAACAUCACCAGCAUCGAUUUCCCCACAAACUCGUCGGACCCGCGCCUGCCGUUCGUACUGCGAGGUCGGCGAUUCACCGCCGCUCAGCUAUCGAAUGUGACGGAGGUGAGCUCGGUGUACGCACUGAGCGCUGCCGAGAAGGCCCUGUACACGGGUCCCGGCUCUCUGUACGAGUACUACGUGCACAAACUGGUGCCGAGCUACGACAACAUAACCGUGGAUCCCUGGAAGGAGAAGACGAGCGAUGGCCGGUUUCUGAAAGACCUCGGAUGGCUAGAGCUGGCAAUGCUGGCAGGAAUGAGCGAUGAGGCGAUGCACCUCAUCAUUGAUUCAAGUGGCUUUGCUGAUUUCUGGGACAAUCCCAAUGCUGCUGCACUGAAGGUACAACAUACCACCUUCCUUCAUGCUUCUGAAUACAAAACCUUCGCCGGAGGAAUGGAAGACAUCGUGAGGAAGUUCGCCGACAUGACAAAGUACAUCGGCGUGGACGUGUACGUGAACACACCCGUGUCUGGCCUGGUAAACUGCGGUGAGCACGAGAAAGUGCUGUCGGCCAGUCGGGCAUUCUGUGCGAAGCAGGUCAUUCUCGCGUUGCCGCGUCCGGCUCUGGAGCCAAUCGACUGGGUCGGGCUGAGGGUCAACCCAGCGUGGCAGUCGGUGACACCCGUGCACGCCAUGAAGUUAUACCUGGGGUAUGAUGCACCAUGGUGGAGGAAGCCACCAGUGCAGUCAAAGAGUGGCUGGCUGUAUACGAACUUGCCUAUUCAACAAGUGCUAUAUCUCGGCUCGCAGGCUGAUCAUCCCACACAAACAAACAAGAACAACACAAACUCUCUGCUCAUGGCAAUGUACUGCACUGAGCAGUUUACGACCAUUUGGGAGUCUCUGAGCCGAGCUAAUGCUAGCCUGGAAGGCUUCCACGGCCGGCCCAAUCUCUUCACUGGCAACACGGAGCCGCCUAUCGUGGAGAACGUCGGCCGGCCAGUCUCCAUGGAAAUGCUACGACUUGUACGCCAGCAGCUGGCAAUGAUGCAUGGGAUGGCAGUGGAGGACGUGCCAGAGCCGUACACGGCAGCGCUUGUGGAUUGGCCAGCCGCAUGGCACUGGUGGAAACCCGGUGCAAACGCCUCCGAACUCUCUAGCAACGUCGCCAAGCUGCUGUUCGAGGAAGAGGUCUAUAUCGUCGGAGAAGCCUACAGCAACCUACAGGGAUGGAUUCAAGGUGCACUGUCCAUGACUGAGCAAGUUCUGCAGAAGAAACUUGGACUGCCACCACCUCCUGGACUCCCACCCAUUACAACAGGGCCUCAGCCCAAUCUCUGGCACGAGUUGAGAUUUGGGCGCAGGUUUCAGUCAAGUUCAAAGUGA